AUGGCUGACGACGAACGCCGUGCCAAACGCUCUCGCUUCGAUCAGACGGAGCCUGAGCCGCGACGAGCUUCACGAUUUGACCGUCGCUCUCGGUCUCCUUCUUCGCGACAGCCAGAAUCCACUCGCACUCGCAGUCCUCUCAGUCGUGAACCCUACAGCCCUGGCGCUGAUGAAUCGAGGAAAUCAGGCUCUGUAGAUCCUGCAGCAGCAGCAGCUGCCGCAGCGGCCAAGAUCAACGCUCAGUUGCAAGCGAAGAAAGGAAUCCAGCACGUCGAUGUCCCUCCCAUACGUUCGACUGCCAGUCCCACACCGAACGCCGCUUCGCCCUCUGCCGCCGACUCGAAGAAGUUGAAUCCUGAAAUCUACGUUGCUGACGGCGAUUACAUUAAGGAUAUCGAAAUUAAUGACCUGCGCAACCGCUACACAUUGACCAAGGGUUCCACCCAAAAGAUGAUUAAAGAACAAACUGGCGCCGAUGUCACUACCCGAGGAAGCUAUUAUCCCGACAAGAGCAUGGCCACUGCCGCGAACCCGCCGCUGUACCUCCACGUAACAAGCACGACCAAAGAAGGCCUCGAAAAGGCCGUGGCCUUGAUCGACGACCUGAUGAAGAAGGAGCUACCGACUCUCGUUGACGAGCGACGAUUCCGUCGGCGUGAGCCGGAGCCAGUUGAGCGUGAUGAAUACGGCCGUCGUAAAUGGCCCGAGGAACGGAUUCCGGUUGAUCUGGAACCGAUCCCUGGAUUCAAUCUCCGAGCUCAAGUUGUUGGCCAAGGAGGUGCAUAUGUGAAGCACAUCCAACAGAAGACUCGUUGCAAGGUGCAAAUCAAGGGUCGUGGAUCCGGUUUCUUGGAACCAAGCACCGGCAGGGAAAGCGAUGAGCCCAUGUUUUUGCACGUAGCCGGCCCGGAUCCAAAUGAUGUUCAGGCUGCUAAGGAACUCUGUGAGGAUCUUCUAGGCAAUGUCAGGGAACAAUAUCAGCGCUUCAAGGAAAAUCCGCCUCAGCACAGCUAUGGCGGAUAUGGUCAACGUGGCGGUGACCGUUACUAUGGAGGCGGUUACGGUGGUGGUGGUUACUCUAGCCAACAUAACCAGCACCACUCCAACUCGCCCUCUGCCACGGCUAGCCCUGCACAGGCAGCAUCAGGAACGUCGGGUGCCGCUGGUGCCGGAAGCCCGGCUGACUAUAGCGCACAGUACGCGCAGUAUUACGGAUCCGACCCCUAUGCGGCCUACGGUGGCUACCAGAACUACGUAGCAUACUACCAGUACUACCAACAGGCCGCUCAACAGCAGCAGCAACAGCAGCAGUCUUCCCAGUCCCAAAGUCCUGCGCUUCCACCACCACCUCCAGCUAGCGAGGCCCCGCCCCCACCACCUCCAGGCUCUGGCUCUCCCCCUCCGCCGCCUCCUGGCGGUGGCAGCUACAGUGCUGUCCCACCACCUCCCGGUCUUUAG